AAUGGGACAAUGUCACCAAUCUCUGUGUCCAAACGUGAUCCAACAAGGCUGCUGUGACCUGUCUUUUUCCCACUGAACCGGACGGGAUGGAAGUUGCUGCGUGAUGAUAAGAGAGGGCCGGGUGAGGGUCCGCCUGGCACUGGGGUGGAGAAUGUAGAGAGGACGCAGAGCGUCGAUCGGUGACAACGGUACGGUCAGAAAACUCAAGAGGACGGCCACGUAAGGGGAAUUACGUAAAUUCUCUACCUCCAGACACAUUCAGUCUCUGGCUCUUCAGCUUGGAUCAGGAUUCUUUCACACUCAACAUCUGGCUUUAUGUUUUCAACCCGCUGCUGCAGAUGAGAAGGCUUCUGGACCACCGCACAGACUCCUUUUAGGAAAAGCUGUUUUUCACUUUAAAUGAGCAUCAUCCUACAUAAGGAAUAAGCCAAACCCUGGCAACUGGGGAACAAACUAUUGUUUGACCAAAGAUGAAGAGGGACGGAUGACACAUGAUUGUCAAAAAACUGUGAGUGAGUUGAUUUGAAGCAACAGUUAUGGUUUAAAAUCAACUUUUUUGAGCUUUACAUCAUGUUAUAAUGUCAUUCCCUCAUCGGAGACACACCUGGAGUGUUGCUUUGAUUCUUCCACGCAUGUUUGCAAAAUCUUUUAAUCUCCCACAGCAACCAUUCAGCUGUGCAAAACUGUUGGUGGGACCUAAGGCCACCUUCAAGGACGACGCUCCUCUUGGACGUACAGCUUCCACUCAGCUCCUUCAGACUAGCCAGCAGCAAUUAGCCAACACCUGAUGGAACUGCACAUGCACUGAGCUCACUGUAUGAGCGACUCCUCAGUAAAACAAAUGCUAUUAAAGUUGUGAUGACGUCCUGAAGGUGGAGAUUCAGAACGUGAAGUAGUUUCUUAAAGAAAUAGAGGCCCAAUUUGAAGAUGUUAGGUUAAAAUCUAAUUUCUUUUAAGUCUUAUUUGAUUUAUGUAGCAUUUUUAUUGAAUGUCACUUGAUUGUGAUAUGAGAACAAUAUAACUGGAAAAUACAUCAUACUACCCCUUUCUUUUUAAACUAUUUUCAUGAAUAUGGAUCUCUGUCUGGUUAAAGUGUUGCAUUCUGAGCAUUAAUACGGCAUCAGUCGCGGCCUGCCAUGCCUGAGAUGCAGACCCUUUACUACAGCAUGCGUCGGCCUCCAAGCCUCUACCUGGACCCCUUGGUCGCGCAGAGGCACAUCCUGGAGGAAGAAGUGCAGUUCUGGUGGUUCCGAGACCCCAGGCGGUCCUUGUUUUGCUACUGUGCCUCAGUGGCGCUCAUACUGGGACUGGGCCUUGGCGGAGUGGGGCUUCUUUCCACCACUAACAGCCUCUCUGUGGAGUGGCGUCUCGGAGUGGGAACCACGCUCUGCCUCCUGGCCCUCGCCGUUCUCCUCAAGCAGCUGCUGAGCUCCGCCAUCCAGGACAUGAACUGCGUUCACAGUCGCCGUCAGAUCGAGCGGCUGCGGAGCGGAGGGCGGGCUGAUCCGGCGCUGAUUCUGGCCGUGGGGCUGGCGGUGACGCUUUGCGGGACGGUCCUGCUCUGCGUGGCCGCGGUGGGCGGCCGGAGCCACGACAGGUGGGAAAUGUUGGUGUCUGGGGCGGUGCUUGUGGCGGCCGGCGCCGGCAUGGGCCUGGCCGUCGUGGGCUACAGUGUGACGGUGCGUCUCAAGAGGAGGAGGGAGCAGAGGAUGAGGAGGCUGAGGGUCAGCAGGGCGAGGAGGCUGGGCGGUCAAGGGGUCUGAAUGUUCAACGUUUCGCCUCGACAGGCAAGUCAAGCCAGGAGAGACGUGUCUCCCAGCAGGACGAGUCUGAUCUGAACCGGCCAAAGGUGCAAAAAAUAACACAAAAAACCCUGACCAGAACACAAGGACAAAACACUGAACUGAAAUCUGAUAAAGGUUCAGUAGCUGCGUUUCCAUCAGCCAUAAAGUAAAAGCAAAUCGAGAUCACAAAAACAGGUUUGCUUAAUGGAAACACGGCAAUAUAGAAAUAGAUGUAUUUUGAAAAGCUUUUAUCGCAUCAUGCGAGUCACAUGAUUAACAGCCAGAUGUCUCUACUGAUGGAAACGACAAAGAAUACGACAGGAAGUGAUGGGUGGAUGAUGUUUUUUUGUUUUUCUUUUUUUCUGGCUCCACCAGAGCUCUCACAGAGAUUACAUGGUGCAUAAAAGGUCAUGUGUAGUUCUGUCAUGUUUAAUCCGUAGCCUUUUCUGUAAAAUGUAAGACUUCCCAAUUUUUCCCAAAACGAGCCACUCCCAAGAAGAAGGGGCUGAUCGCUCCAAUGCCAACAUCUCCUCUCAUUGCUGAUUGAUGAUUAGCAUUGGCACCUGUGUGUUUACAACCGUGAUUUUUAAUCACUUGUCCAGGAACCAGGUUAUGUCACGCGUAAUUUUAAUUUUGUUGUUUAUUCAACGGAAACACUGUAGUUCUGAAAUUGUUUCCCCCUCAACAUCAGCAGAAUAUAGACAAAGAUUUGCCCACAUUUAUCAUAAAAAUGCAGCUGCUGAGAGACUUUGUGCAGAAUGGAGAGAUACCAAUAAAUCAAUAAAAACAA